AUGUCCGAUCUAAGAUGCCUCGACUCCGAUGGACCAAUGAUUGCAUCUUCGUUUGUUCAGGCAAUCGAGAAGCUUGGCGGGACAAAAAAGAGCGACUCCCAAACUGGUUCUUCAGUUGAUGAUAUCAAGGACUUCACAUCGCUCAUGUCAAAAGUCAUUACAGGCUCUUCUACUAUGUAUAGAAGCAAGAAGAUCGAGGAUUCCAAACCAAGCCUUCAGGAAGUUAAUGAUAAUUUUGGAUCAAGAAUCUGUGAGAAGAUGGACAUGUUGCAAGGCCAAUACUCCAAGCUGCCAAACCCCACCGAAAAACUCAAUCCAUUCAAGGUUCAAGAACAUCAAAAUAUCCCUCUAGAUUUAGAAAGUACAAGUCUUGAGAAGCAUAAAGGAACAAAGAGGAAGGCAUCUGAUCCGAUUCUUGAUUUAAAUCUGUCUCUUGGGGUCCACUCAGGAAGCACUGAGAGCCCGAAAGCUGUGGAAGAAGACCAUGACGAUGGAGAAGGAGAAGAACGAAAUUUGUCAUUGUCAUUGUAUUCACCAUCUUUCUCAAGAAACAGAAAAAAGUUAAUAACAGAAGAUGAUCAUAGCAAUGAUCAAAAAGCUAAAAGGGCAAGUACUCUGGAUCUGACUAUAUGA